CUGGCCGAGCUAGAGCUCGCUUCUUUAGUAAAAAUAUUCGCGCUACAAACUACAUUACAAAGUGUUCAGCUGCUAACACCUUCGCCAAGCAACAGCUGAUUCGAGAAGAGUCUUUAUCAGAGAGCCUCUCCACUGAGGAAGAUUGUUUGGUAUUGCGCAAUCAAAAACAGAUAAUACCCGACAAAUCGUCAAGUGAUUUCCGUGUGCCGGUGCAUUAGUGAAGUGUGGAGAAUGCAAUUUCUUAUCGCCGUUCUAGGGCUAACAAGCUAAUCGGUUGUAAAAAAGUUGUCCCGCGUACUUUGUGUGGAAGCAGCCGCAAAAAGAACGAAAUUCCCUAACAAUAAUGGAAGCCCCCAAGGUUAACUUACUCGAGAACCCCCGGCAGGGUGCCAAUCUGCUGUCGGCUCUCACGUUCUGGUGGUCGAUUGACAUGUUUCGGCUCGGCUCGAAGCGACCCCUCGGUGUUGAAGAUCUGUAUCGGCCGUUGGACCGGGACAUGGCGAGCGAGUUAGGAGAUCGAUUGGAGAGGAAAUGGAAUCAACAAAGGAAAGGAUCCGAAAGGAAAAAUCCGAAAACCAAACCCUCGCUGGUAAAAGCCCUUUUUCACACAUUCUGGCGAGACUGGGUGCUACUAACGAUUGUCACGGUGUUCGGAGAAAUUGUCCUCAGAAUAGUUCAGCCUAUCUUACUCGGACGAGUGCUGCUGUAUUUUAGACGACAGUCGGAUAUCACAAGGGAGCAGGCCAUCUACUACGCCGUGGCCAUGAUCGCUGCCAAGGCCGCAAGUAUCGUGAUGGAGAACCAAUACUCCAUCCUAACCUGUUUGACAGGAUUUCGCAACAAAAUCGCGCUCUGCAGUUUGGUUUAUCGGAAGUCCUUAAGACUAUCUCACAGUGCCCUCGGAGAAACUUCUCCCGGAAAGGUGGUCAAUUUGAUGUCCAACGACAUCGCUCGCUUCGAAAUGGCUGCCUUAAUGGUGUCGUACCUGUGGUCAUCGCCGGUUUUGGCGAUUGUGGUCCUGGUACUACUGUACUACGAAGUUGGCUGGGCUGGUCCCUUGGGAAUGGUUGUGGUAUUUUUGGCGACUCCCUUGCAAUCUCUUUUAGGAAAAACUGUUUCCAAGCUACGAAUGCAGACGGCCUUCAAAACAGACGAACGAGUUAGGCUGAUGGAUGAGAUCAUCUCCGGGAUCAACGUGAUCAAGCUGUACGCUUGGGAGAAACCGUUUGCAAAGCUGAUUUCGGAAGCUCGCCGAGCAGAGUUGAGGAUUGUGCUGAAAAGUGGGCUGAUUUGGGGACUGUUUAUGACGUUUCAACUGUUUACCAGUAGAGCAGCGCUGUGUGCCACAAUGGUGGCGUUGAUCUUGACCGGAGAGGAGUUGACAGCUUCUAAAGUGUUUGUGGUUUCGAGUUAUUUGACCAUAGUUUCCCAAACGUUUUCCUGGUUAUUUGUUAGAGCAGUGGCUGAGGUAUCGGAAGUCCUAGUUGGUAUUCAUCGGUUUCAACAUUUCCUAGAACAUGAUGAGGUAUCCGAAGCGUACAGGAAUGAGACGUCGAAGAUAGAUGAUGAGCAGAUUGCUAGGUCUGCUACUUCAUCUGAGCUAGCUUUGGCUUUGCGAAAUGUGAAUGCUCGAUGGAGUUCCUUGAAAAACACUGCACUUACCUCACAUCCUACACUUCAAACAAUUAACCUAGACGUUAAGAAAGGUAAACUCGUUGGAAUAGUCGGUCCUGUAGGUGCCGGCAAGACUUCAGUCCUCCAGGCCAUAUUACGGGAGCUUCCGAUAGAAUCGGGAUCUAUCGAAUGUGAAGGUACGAUCUCGUAUGUCAGCCAGGAACCCUGGCUUUUUGCGGGAACUAUUCGCCACAAUGUGCUUUUUGGGCUUCCCAUGGACGCUAAACGAUAUAGAACGGUAUUGAAGGUGUGCGCUCUGGAUGUAGAUUUAGAACAGUUUUCAAACGGAGACGAGGAAUUGAUCGGGGAACGAGGUAUUUCUCUUUCUGGGGGUCAGAAGGCUAGGGUCUGUUUAGCAAGAGCGAUUUACAAAAAGUCAGAUAUUUACCUACUGGAUGAUCCGUUGAGCGCCGUUGAUGCUCAUGUAGCAAGACAUUUGUAUGAUCUGUGCAUUGGUGAUGACGGGUAUUUAGGCAAGCUUGGGGCUACUCGGAUUUUGGUGACACACCAGGUGCACUUUUUGGUUGAAUCCGAUUGGAUCAUCAUCAUGGACGAGGGUCGAGUUGCCCACCAAGGAACUCCACAUGACUUGAUCCAAAAAGGUAUUCUGAAUCUACACGAAGUUGAACAUGAUCAGGAGGAAAGCUGCAGUGUUGCAUCGAGCUCCUAUGAUACGGAUUCAUCCUCUAACAGUUCUAGCAAAAAUAACGAGAAACUUGAGGAAGAAAAUGCCAAACAACUGGACCGAGCUUUCGAGAAAACAGGAAACGACACACCUUCCAGGAUUUUAUUCAUGAACUAUUUAGCUGGAGUUGAAAGUUGGAUCAUUCUCGCCAUAUUGGCGAUCCUGUUCGUAUUGACGCAGGCUAUCGUGUCUUUUGCCGAUUACUGGGUCGGGUUUUGGUUAUCACAAGAAGAUCGACGUACGUUCCUGGCGAAUUCAAACGCAACUAUCGAUGAUUCCGAGAACGUUCCACUCAGUACAGACAUCUGUCUGUACGUUCAAUGUGCUGCGAUUGCUAGUAUUUUUCUCAUUGCUUUAACAAGGUCAUUCAGCUUCUACAAGGCGUGCAACAAGGCUGCACAAGCGAUCCACGAUUGGACCUUCCGCGGAUUGAUUUCAUCGGCAAAGUAUUUCUUCGACACCAACCCUUCGGGAAGAAUCUUGAACAGGUUUGCCAAAGAUAUGGGUUCAAUGGACGAACUGCUACCUCGAUCCGUACUCUACGCAAUCCAGGCUAACCUCACCAUUAUUGGUUCCAUGGUAGUGAUCUUGAUUGUUCAGCCUUACUUCAUUGUACCGAUUGUGGUUCUGUCGAUAGUUCUGUUCUCCACAAGAAAAAUUUACAUGAGCACUUCCAAAAGUACUCGGCGCCUGGAAGGGAUCACCCGUUCACCAAUAUUCACGCACAUCGCAACAACUUUAACGGGACUUCCAACAAUCAGAUCUUUCAAGGUCCAGAAACUUCUUAUGGAGGAGUUCGAUCAACAUCAAAAUGUCAAUACCGGAGCAGGUUUUAUGUUUCAUUGUGGUCGAAUAGCUUUCGGAUUGGUUCUUGACGCCCUGUUCUUCCUACUUCUUGCUGUGGUAACUUUCACAUUUCUCCUGAUCGAAACCGAUUCCUUAGGAGAUAAGGUCGGAUUGGUGAUCACCCAGAUCAUGGGCCUUGCAGGGGUGCUACAGCUUGGCGUUCGGCAGAGUGCAGAGAUGUUUAACCACCUAAUCGCCGUUGAACGGCUGUUGGAGUACAAGAACUUGCCGGCUGAAGUUCAACCGGUAAAAGAUUCUGAAGAAUUAAAACGCAAAGAGAAGUGGCCCACGAGCGGUCAAAUACAAUUUUCGAGUGUGAACUUCUGUUACCAUGUAAAAUCACCACUUGUGCUGAGAAACCUAUCAUUCAAAGUUAAGCCUUCCGAAAAGGUAGGCAUUGUAGGAAGAACUGGUGCUGGCAAGUCCUCGAUUAUUGGUGCUCUGUUUAGAACCGCAAUCGUUGAAGGACGCAUCGCAAUCGAUGGUGUUGACACUGGAACCAUAACCCUUGAAACGCUUCGUUCCAAUAUCUCAAUCAUACCUCAAGAUCCCGUGCUGUUCAGUGGUACUCUACGCAAAAAUCUGGAUCCUUUCGAGAUAUACUCAGAUGCGGAGCUAUGGGCUGCGUUGGAAAUGGUGGAAUUGAAAGACAUCGCCAGUGGUCCUCAAGGGUUACAAUGCCGUAUCAACAAUGGUGGAUCAAAUUUGAGCGUAGGUCAACGACAGCUGGUGUGUUUAGCGAGAGCCAUCCUUCGGAACAACCGAAUUCUGGUGCUAGAUGAGGCUACCGCUAAUGUUGAUCCUGAUACUGAUAACCUGAUUCAACGAACCAUCCGGGAACGAUUUGUCGAAUGUACUGUUCUCACGAUCGCUCAUCGACUGAAUACAAUUAUGGAUUACGAUCGUAUCUUGGUCAUGAGUGAGGGUCAAGCCGUGGAGUAUGGAACACCGGCUGAAUUGUUGCGCAUACCACAGGGUGUUUUCAAGGAUAUUGUCCUGGCCACCGGAUCGCUGGAAGCGGAAAAUCUUAUGAAUAUGGUUAAAUAGAUUGUUUUAGAUGUAAUAGAUUUAAAUGUUUUAUAUACCUACGGAUAAAAACAGUUAUUAUUAUUAUUAUUAUUAUUAUUAUUAUUAUUAUUAUUAUUAUUAUUAUUAUUAUUAUUAUUAUUAUUAUUAUUAUUAUUAUUAUUAUUAUUAUUAUUAUUAUUAUUAUUAUUAUUAUUAUUAUUAUUAUUAUUAUUAUUAUUAUUAUUAUUAUUAUUACUAUUAUGAAAAAUGAAAAACCUAAUUUUGUCAAUAACUCAAAAAAGCUACACAUAUUGGCUUUGUAUAAUGGUGGAAUCGAUGGGGAAUAGUUUAGAGCUAAAUUUUGAACCAUCUGAAAAUAGUAGCUUUUACUCUGUAGAAAUCAUCGAAAUUAAUAAUCCACAAAAACACAAUUAACUUGAAUGUAGUUUUCCAAUAAACUGAAUUUUCGUUUCAAAUUAACAUUUUACAAAAAAAAAAUUAGCUGAACGAAUCCCAUAGAAACAUAAAAAAUGAGCUGACUACUAGAUCAAUAGAUUCAGCCAGCGUCAUCAGUCGUCCC